AUGUCUGGUGUCAAUGCUAACUCCCUGCUGAGCCCCAUGCCAAGAAUUAGCAGCAGCAGCAGCAGCAGGUCGAAUGGGUGUAAGAAAUUGAGUCUGUUUUCUUGUGGGGUUUUGGCAUCCUCUGCUGCUGUAGCCAACCCUUCAAGAUCCUCUGAAGAAAGGGUGUAUGAAGUUGUUCUGAAACAAGCAGCUCUUGUGAGGGAGCUGCCUAAGAGGGAUGGAGAAACAGCUUUGGAUUGGGAUAAAACCAUACAAAAUGAGGGUAUUAGUGAUGGGAAUCUCUUGGAUGAAGCAUAUUCUCGCUGUGGUGAGGUCUGUGCUGAGUAUGCCAAAACAUUUUAUCUGGGGACACAGCUUAUGACACCGGAGCGACGAAGAGCGGUGUGGGCGAUUUACGUUUGGUGCAGAAGGACGGACGAGCUCGUGGAUGGACCUAAUGCUUCACACAUCACACCUAAGGCUCUUGAGCGAUGGGAGAAACGACUAACCGAUCUGUUUGAGGGUCGAGCGUAUGAUAUGUAUGAUGCUGCUCUUUCUGAUACAGUCUCAAAAUACCCUGUUGACAUUCAGCCCUUCAAGGACAUGAUCGAAGGAAUGAGGUUGGACUUGCGAAAAUCGAGAUACGAGAACUUCGACGAGCUUUACCUUUACUGCUAUUAUGUUGCUGGGACUGUGGGGCUCAUGAGUGUUCCUGUCAUGGGAUUGGCACCCGAGUCGAAAGCUUCAGUUGAGAGCGUCUACAAUGCAGCAUUGGCUCUCGGACUCGCCAAUCAACUCACUAACAUUCUAAGAGACGUUGGAGAAGAUGCUAGGAGGGGAAGAGUGUAUCUCCCACAAGACGAGUUGGCACAAGCUGGGCUAUGCGACGACGACAUAUUCCGAGGGAAAGUGACCGAAAAGUGGCGGAGUUUCAUGAAAGGACAGAUAAAAAGAGCAAGAAUGUUCUUUGAUGAGGCUGAGAAGGGCAUUGGAGAGCUGAAUGAAGCCAGUAGAUGGCCAGUGUGGGCGUCCUUAAUGCUUUAUAAGCAAAUAUUAGAUUCCAUUGAAGCAAAUGACUAUGACAACUUCACCAAAAGGGCAUAUGUAGGCAAAGCAAAGAAAUUGCUAUCACUUCCCAUAGCCUUUGGAAAAGCUGUGGUGGCCCCUCAAAUUUCAAAGAUGUGGUAACAUCAUAGUUUUUUUUUUUUUUUUUUUUUCUUGUGAUUACUCAACACGUGUCACGAUUCGCUCGUUGUAAAUUUUAGAUGUUAGAUGACUUCGAAGCAAAUUGACUUCACAAAGGAAAAGCUUAGAAUUAUUAAUAAUGGAACGAAAAGGUAAUUCUUUAAUUU